GCUGGGACACCGGAGAGAAAUUGUAACUGAGGGGGAAAAAAAGAGAAAAGUUAAAGCUUCUUUUGCUUUUUCUUUAAACCAUCUCGCAAACGUCUUGCACCUCCCCAUCUCUCUGGCGUUGGCUCGCUAUGCCAGUGCACCGUGACCGGGAGAAGAAGGAGAGCACAGCGGAGGAGAUGGAGGUGGAGGAGCAUGAGCAAGAGGCGUCCAGCUCUGAGGAGGAGGACUCUGACACCUCCUCUGUCUCCGAGGAUGGAGACAGCUCAGAAAUGGACGAGGAGGACUGUGAGCGGAGGAGGACGGAGUGUCUUGAUGAAAUGUCCAACCUGGAGAAACAGUUCACAGAUCUCAAAGACCAGUUGUAUCACGAGCGUCUCAGUCAGGUGAACAGCAAGUUGGGUGAGGUGGAGGCCGGCCGGGCGGCAGAAUAUCUGGAGCCCCUUGCCGUGCUGCUGGAGAACAUGCAGGUCCGCACCAAGGUGGCAGGCAUCUACAGAGAGCUGUGUCUGGAAUCUGUGAAGAACAAGUAUGAGUGUGAGAUCCAAGCGGCCUGCCAGCACUGGGAGAGCGAGAAGCUGCUGCUGUUCGACACGGUACAGAGUGAACUGGAGGAGAAAAUACGAAGACUGGAGGAAGACCGACACAGCAUCGACAUCACAUCAGAAUUGUGGAACGACGAAUUAUCGGGGAGGAAGAAGAGGAGGGACGCUCUCAGUCCGGACAAGAAGAGGAGGAGGCCUUCGGUGGUGUCUGGCCCAUAUAUCGUCUACAUGCUGCCCGACUUGGACAUCCUGGAGGACUGGACGGCCGUCAGAAAGGCCGUGGCUACGCUGGGUCCCCACAGAGGGAAGUCCGACCCCGACAGCCCCGUGUUCCCGUUCAGACAAGACAGAAGCAGGCCCAUUCUCAACUGCUGAGGAGUUCUCUCUCUCUCUCUCCCUCUCUCUCUCACACACACACACACACACACACACAGUCGCAAAACGAAAAACAAACCAGGGCCACAAACACACAAAAACGUGCACGAGUCGUUCCCACCAUCCACUGCACCCCGUCAGCUGAACAUCCGUCGGUAAACUGCCUCUCCGCGCCGACUCGCGGGUUUGGAUCCUUUUCAACGGGACAACGGGAGCGUCGUAUUUGCCGGUUCGACCCAUUUCAAGACUUGUGUCUGCUGGAGCCGCUGAGACUCAGUUCAGUGUUUCUUCUGUUUAAUUUCAUUGUGCAAAUUUGUUUGAGGAGUUCUCGCGAGGCUCCAGAUCUGUGCUUUCGGAUGCAUCCACAGCGAAACCAAAUCGGAAUGGGGCGGCUGUUUUUCUUCGAAGUAAUUGUCAUAUUGAUUGACUCCGAGAAUCUGGCGUUCGGGGAGAGGGCCAGUGUUGUCUUAGCGUCCGUUGAAACGGCUAAAUUGAGUGGGAGCGAAACCUGGCGUCGUGUUUGGUUUUGAUUGAAGCAGUCAGCUUUCUUUUCUUUUUUAUAUCCAAAGUACCCCGUCGCCUAGAUUUGGUAAACAAUGUUGUAUUUUGCUGGUAUUCUUUUAUUUUUAAAAAGAAUACAUUUAACGAACACAAACGUGUUUUUAAAUUUUUGCAGCACUAUAUUCACCAACUGUCCACAUUUUAUUCAGCGGAUAAAAAAACUGAAAGCGUUUAGAAGGUUUAGUGCCAUGGAGUAUUCAAACCAGGAAGUUACACGCUCAGUGAGGGUCCAGCAGAAGUUCUGGUUUCACUGUCUCUUUUUCUUUUUCUUGUCUGUAAUUGUAAGUAUUGAGAUUUUAAAAAUCUCAAAUCUAUAGAGGGUUAUUGACGACGCUUCCUUUAACAUGAGGAGUUAUUCCUAGUUUAUAUGACUCUUGUGACCGUACCCAGAAAUAUUGAAAAUAUUUGUACUUAAAAAGAAAAAGGUGUAUCCGUUCAACUGUCGUUCAUGAGACUGAUCAUUUGUUUUACGUUGAGGUGUUUUGAAUAGUUAUGCGGUGAUCAUGUGCGAGUCGUUUUCAGAGAGCCUUCAGCAUUUCCUGCGUCUGUUUCUUGGGGUAAUUUUUAACCGUUACAGUGCGGCUGCAGAGGUUUAACGAUAUUUAAAUUCUCCCGAACUAUCCAAAUGCAACUUCUGAUCAUAAUUUCAGGAGGUAAUGUAUUUCUACUGGACGCUGACGUGUUGGGGCGUGAAUUCCACCUCCUCAAACCGCCGGUGGACUUCUGUUUAUCACCAGCGCCGCUGGUGAGCGGUGAUGAGAGCCGUCUUCUCUCUCGACCAUAUACAGUGUUUGUAGCCAUACUUCUUUCUUUCUUUCUUUUUUCUCACCAAACUUUUAAAAAAUCCUAUAUUUUGGUGGUUAUUCUUCAUGCAGACGCUCUUAAAUUACAAACGUAUCACUGCAAACUGGUGUCGGCAAUGCAGCCAGUCAUGCUAACCACAUCAACAAAAUAAUUUUCUGUUCAAAGAAAUCAAUAACUGAGGGACAAAUGUAAUACAAACAUGUGACAUGACCUCGCUGUUCCCUUUUAAAGCAGGUCUCACUGUUACUCUCCUUAUGCAUCUACCUCCUCUUUUCUCCAUAUGUCCGUCACUCUCUAAAGAACAAUCCACGUUUGCACGAUUGCUCGUGAACCGCUCGCGUCUUCACGACCACCCUGCCGAGCGGAACACUGCGGCCCUGUCGCAUCCCGCCAUUGACUUGUGGCCAUUGGUUAUUAAAGGGUGACGAGCACGCUGCCAUUUAACGUGUUUUUAUGUUAUUAGAACAUAAAGGAUGUCAAACGUUCAAGCCGGAACUUGUUGACAGCGUCUGUAUAAAUGCUGCGUCGGAUACAUUUGUGUCUUUGUUGUCAACGUGGGUUUUUACAAUAAAUAAGUUGUUUUAUAAGCUU